UGACGAGAAGUAGACCAAUGAACGGGCGACAUCGCACACGCGACCGCAACGUCCGAUUGGUUGGUUGACAUUUUAGCACCGGAAAUCUACGGGUGUGUUUCCGGGGAGGGUUUUAAUCGAAGCGAAAGUCUACGAAUAAACCGGAGAUGGAGUUGCGGCCCCUUGUGAUGUGCUUUGCCCUCUGUGUGGUGUACGCCACCAGCAAGCCCACGGAGAAGAAGGACCGGGUUCAUCACGACGAGCUUCUCAGUAACCGGGACCACGACGAUGGCGACAACUUUGACUACGACCACGAAGCCUUUCUGGGGCAGGAGGAGGCCAAGACGUUCGACCAGCUGACCCCUGAGGAGAGCAAGGAGAGGCUCGGUAUGCUGGUGGAGCGGAUCGACGAGGACAAGGACGGCUUUGUGAGCGUGGAGGAGAUGAAGAGAUGGAUCAAACACGCUCAGAAGCGCUGGAUCUAUGACGACGUGGACCGCCAGUGGACCGGCCACGACCUGAACGGGGACGGGCUGGUGUCCUGGGAGGAGUACAAGAACGCCACCUAUGGAUACAUCCUGGACGACCCGGACCCUGAAGACGGCUUCAGCUACCGACAGAUGAUGUCGCGAGAUGAGAGGAGGUUCAAGAUGGCCGACCUGAACACCGACGGCAAAGCCAACAAGGAGGAGUUCACAGCCUUCCUCCAUCCCGAGGAGUACGACCACAUGAAGGACAUCGUCGUGUUGGAAACUAUGGAGGACAUUGAUAAGAACGGAGAUGGCUUCAUCGACCUGGAUGAGUACAUAGGGGACAUGUACAACCAGGAGGGGGACCCCUCCGAGCCCGAGUGGGUGAAGACGGAGCGGGAGCAGUUCACCGAGUUCAGGGACAAGAACAAAGACGGCAAGAUGGACAAGGACGAGACCCGGGACUGGAUCCUUCCCAGCGACUACGACCACGCGGACGCUGAAGCCAAGCAUCUGGUCUACGAGUCGGACACCGACAAGGAUGGCGUUCUCACCAGGGAAGAAAUUGUGGACAAGUACGAUCUGUUUGUGGGCAGCCAGGCGACGGACUUCGGAGAGGCCCUGGCCAGACACGACGAGUUCUAGUGUCCCCGGCGGGCUGCGCUACAAAGACGGACGCUCUGUGUCUCCGCCGCUGCGGGCCGGUCAGCGACAGCCUCGGGGACCACAGACAAUAACUUAUUCUACCUUUUGAAUGUGUCUCUUUGCUCAACACGCAAACACAAUCCUUCGUUGGGACGGAGGUGCGUGCUUGC